UUAAAUUUGGAAAUAUGCUUAAUCUUUGACUUGCUUUUUUUAAAAUAAAUUUUCGUCUUUAUCUAAUAUUGUUCGGGCGUAACUGGUUUAGUGUUUGCUAUUGAAAAAUGUGAAAAAUAGACACAAAGUGGCUGAGUUAAAGAAAGAAACUGAUUUUUUUUAAUGUUCGAUAACAGAAAUUUUUUUGCAUUGUUAAGACUUGUAUGUUUCUCAGACUUAUUCGCAAAAUUUGUUAUCAGAAGGAAAUUGCUUUUACACAUCUGGAUCAGGAGGACGAAUAAGAAGGUGGAGAACCCAAUCGACUUUUAAAAGACUUGUUGAAUCACCAAGAAAGUAGCUACAAAUAUGGCAUGCGCAACUUUAAAGCGGAGUUUGGACCCUAUCUGUUCGAGACCAUCAAAACGUCGUCGAUUUAAUCCGAUGACACCGACCACUCCAACCAAGGAGGAAGAACCUUCCCCCUUUGCUGAAGUGACUCCCAAGAUUCACAUGGAUCAAAUUUCUAUCAGCAUUCGGGAGGAGAUGAAACGGCUGCAUCGUCGAAAAAAGUUGUACUACAGUUCUGGUGAACGGGACGGGUCGACUAGUCCAAGUGGUCCACCUAGCCCUUCGAAUUCUGAUGGUUCAAUCGACACUCCGGCGUCACCAGCGUCAUCAUCUCACCAUCAAACUAAACAAGACAAGCAUCUCUUCACCUUUCGACAAGUGGGGAUGAUCUGUGAGCGAUUACUAAAAGACAGGGAGGAUAGCCUUAGAGAGCUGUAUGAUGAGGUGUUGAAUGCCAAAUUGGCCGAGCAAUACGACACCUUUGUCAAGUUCACAUACGACCAGAUUCAAAAGCGAUUCGAAAAUUCCGCAGCUCCUUCUUAUCUGUCAUAAUUUUAUACGAUUAUUAGAAAUUUUGGUGAGUGGGAAAGUUGUCUUCUGAGAAUUUCUUUAUUUAUAGUGUAUCUAAAGUAUUGUUUACGUAAUUUAAACUAGAGAUAAUAUUGUGCUUCAUUUUUCGGGUAGAUGUUUCACAUUGAAAAUUGGGAUGGGGUUAUUAUUACUUGCAAUAAUUUGUAUGGCAAAGCGUUGAAAUAUAAUCUUUCAAAAUUGGAGUCGAUCUGUAGGAUUAAUUAGUUAAAGCCAUUAAUUUAUUUGGCCUUGUUUCGUGAAUCAAUCACGUUGUCAGGAAAUGCUCAAUUUUGUUUCCUUCCUAGCAUGAUGAUCUGUUACCAAUUACAAUUUUCUCGUAUUGGUACACACUUAAUAGUAAUUAUUAUUAUGGUAAUGUAUAGUAAGUAUUCUCGAUUGAACGAGCUCGACAAAUCGAUGAUAAAAAAACUUGAAUAAUGCGCAUCGCGUCAAAAAUAUCUGUCAGUCUCUAGACUAAUAUUUACUCGUUCAGUUUUGUAUGUAAUUAUUAAUUAAAUAAGUAGAAGGAGGUACUGCUACUACUUAUGCAUACUGCUCGUCGCUGUAAUAAGAAAAUCAAAAUAGCAAUUCGACACAUUGUUGUAAUACAUUACCUACUGCUCAAAAGAAGUGUUCUCAUGUCGUGUCGACAAGUUCAGGUGAGUUAUGUAGUGCAAGUGUGUUUGCAGGUGAUGAGCAAUAUUUAAAAUUAUCUACUUGAUGAAAAACUUGUCCAAUAUUACAUUAGACUGAUCGAUGUUUUUUUCAAAUUUUAUAUUGCCGACUCCAAAGUUGGCUUCCAUUUUUCCUAAGCGUUUCCUAAGAUCGAAUUCUCUACAAAUUUGUUUAAUUCUGACGAACAUAAGGAAUCAGAAAUUAAUAUUACAACCUCCUGUUGAAAUUCUGUACUAUACUGUAGAAGAAAACAAUUCCCUUUGGAUAAAUUGUGACAUUUCGAAUUUGUAAUAAAAAUCUUGAUAUGAAAAA